AUGGAUCUGCCUCUUAGAGCCCCAACAAAGAUGACAGUGCAAGAUGUUCCUGAUGCCUUUCCUACAGUGGAUGUCCCAGACCAUGCCCAUUAUACGAUUGGAAUAGUCAUUCUUAUAGUGGGGAUCACAGGAACUCUGGGUAAUUUCCUGGUCUUCUAUGCUUUCUGCAGGACUAGGAGCCUUCGGACUCCAGCCAACAUGCUCAUCAUCAAUCUGGCUAUUAGUGACCUCCUGAUGUCCAUUACACAGUCUCCAGUUUUUUUCACCAACAGCCUCCACAAACGCUGGAUUUUCGGUGAGAAAGGCUGUGAGCUGUAUGCCUUCUGUGGAGCUCUCUUUGGCAUUACAUCUAUGAUCACUUUGAUGGUGAUUGCCUUGGACAGAUAUUUUGUCAUCACAAAACCUCUGGCUUCUGUUGGAGUGACAUCUAAGAAGAAGGCCCUAAUAAUCCUGAUAGGAGUCUGGCUGUACUCUUUGGCUUGGAGUCUCCCACCCUUCUUUGGAUGGAGUGCAUAUGUUCCUGAGGGGCUGCUGACUUCCUGUUCCUGGGACUACAUGACUUUCACCCCAUCAGUCCGUGCCUACACGAUGCUGCUUUUCUGCUUUGUCUUUUUCAUUCCUUUGAUUGCCAUCAUAUACAGCUAUGUCUUUAUAUUUGAGGCUAUCAAGAAGGCCAACAAGUCUGUUCAGACAUUUGGAAGCAAACAUGGAAAUAAAGAGUUCCAGAAACAGUAUCAGAGGAUGAAAAAUGAGUGGAAGAUGGCCAAAAUUGCACUGAUUGUCAUCUUGCUUUUUGUCAUUUCCUGGUCACCAUACUCUGUUGUUGCUCUGGUAGCUUUUGCUGGGUAUUCCCAUGCUCUAACACCCUUCAUGAACUCCAUACCAGCUGUGAUUGCCAAAGCUUCUGUCAUCCAUAACCCCAUCAUUUAUGCCAUCACUCACCCCAAAUACAGAAGAGCCAUUGCAACACAUGUUCCUUGCCUUGGAUCCCUACUGAGGGUUUCUCCCAGAGACUCACGGUCUUCCAGCAGUUAUUACUCCUCCAGACGAGCCACCGUAACCAGCCAGUCUUCUGAGACAAGUGGGCUGCAGAAAGGAAGAAGGAGACUGUCUUCUCUCUCUGACAGUGAAUCAGCCUGUACUGAAACAAGUACUCCAGACUUGCAAGUCUCCAGACUUGCCAGAAGACAGAUUCCCUAUGAAAUGGGUAAAGACACAAUUCCAACCAGUGACAUAAGAGCCAAAACCAACCUGAAGAGCCAGGAUUCUGGGAUCUGUGAGAAGACAUCAGUAGAUGCUGAUGACAUAUUGAUGGUGGAACUGAAUGUCAGAAUCGCUACACCUACUAAAACAUCUAAAAUGUGCAACCUGGAGGAAAUCAAGGUCAGUGAGAGCCUGAACAGUAUUGGACAAAGGAAAGGAGAGUCUUGCUAUGGAUCAUUGGCAGCUCAGAUACCCAGCAUUACAAUAACAUGCAGCAAUGUCCAAGGAGUAGAGCUGCCUUCUAGAUACAACUCUGGUUUCCUGUACCCUAAGACCAACAGUCAGAAGCAGAAUAAGAAGCCCAACAGUUAAGUAAGUGAGUGGUGCAAGCCAGAAUAUCAUCCUAGCCAAUAGCUCUGGAACAGCUAUGGACUGACUGAAUCCAGAAUACCUUCCUGCAUUGUUCUGAAAUGCCCCUACAGACACAACACAAGC